ACUGUAUUAUAAAUGUAUGUGUGUGAGUGUAUAUACGGAGCCACAACACACACUGUACGUGUAUACACGUCGGGAGACUGCGUGCCAGUCCGAAUCGACGCGUCGUCUUGCGUACUACCGCGCGAGCGAACUGCCCGGCCCGACGACGAGUGUGUGUCUGUGUGUACAUAAAAUAUAUACAACGCGUGAGAUUCAGCCGGAGUGAGAUUUUCGACGUUUAAACACCCUCGUUGGUUUCUUUCGUUUGACGUUUUUUUUUAUAUUUUGGGGCGUGUGUAGGGAAAGAGCAUCGCCCUCGACGUCGACGUGAAAGAAAAAGCUCGGCAUUUUCGUCAUCGAACACAACUGCAACACGUUUCGUUCUGCGGCGUGUGUAAUAUAGAGAUAUAAUCAAAGAAAAGACAUGCCGAUCACCAAGAUCUGCUGCAUGGGCGCGGGCUACGUCGGCGGGCCGACCUGCAGCGUGAUCGCCCUCAAGUGUCCGCACAUACGCGUCACCGUGGUGGACAAGAGCAGCGAGCGCAUCGCCCAGUGGAACUCGGCCAAGCUGCCGAUCUACGAGCCGGGCCUCGACGCCGUGGUGCAGAAGUGCCGCGGCCGCAACCUGUUCUUCUCCACGGACAUCGCCCAGGCGAUCGAGGAGGCCGAGCUCAUCUUCAUCUCGGUCAACACGCCCACGAAGCGCUUCGGCAACGGCAAGGGCCGCGCGGCCGAUCUCAAGUACGUCGAGAGCGCAGCGCGCAUGAUCGCCGACAUCUCGGCCGGCGACAAGAUCGUCGUCGAGAAGAGCACGGUGCCGGUGCGAGCCGCCGAGAGCAUCAUGAACAUACUGCGCGCCAAUCACAAGCCCGGCGUCUCUUACCAGAUACUCUCGAAUCCGGAAUUUCUGGCCGAGGGCACGGCGAUCGACGACCUGCUGAACGCCGACCGGGUGCUGAUCGGCGGCGAGGAGUCGCCCGAGGGCCAGGCCGCCAUCGAGGAGCUCUGCAAAGUCUACGAGCACUGGAUACCGCGCAAAAACAUCCUCACCACCAACACCUGGAGCUCGGAGCUGUCCAAAUUGGCCGCCAACGCCUUCCUCGCCCAGCGCAUAUCGAGCAUCAAUUCGCUGUCGGCCGUGUGCGAGUCGACGGGCGCCGACGUGUCGGAGGUCGCCCGCGCCGUGGGCCUCGACUCGCGCAUCGGCUCCAAGUUCCUCCAGGCCUCGGUGGGCUUCGGCGGUUCCUGCUUCCAGAAGGACAUACUCAAUCUCGUCUACAUCUGCGAGUGCCUGAAUCUGCCCGAGGUGGCCGCUUACUGGCAGCAGGUGAUCGACAUGAACGAGUAUCAAAAGUCCCGAUUCUCGGCCAAGGUCAUAGAGUCUCUGUUCAACACCGUGACCGACAAGAAGAUUUCCAUUCUCGGAUUUGCCUUUAAGAAAAACACGGGCGACACUCGCGAGUCUCCCGCGAUUCACGUCGCACGCACUUUGAUCGACGAAGGCGCCAAACUGCACAUUUACGAUCCCAAAGUGGAGGAGUCGCAGAUCAUGUCCGACUUGAGUCACUGCGGCGCGACUCUGGAGCCCGAGCUGGUGAAAUCUCGCGUGAGCAUAUUCAAAGAUGCCUACUCGGCCACGAAGAACACCCACGCGAUCGUCGUGUGUACCGAGUGGGACGAAUUUGUUGAGCUCGACUACAAGCGCAUCUACGCCGAAAUGAUGAAGCCAGCCUACAUAUUCGACGGCCGAAAAAUCCUUGACCACGAUAAGCUACAGAAAUUGGGCUUCAUCGUGCAAACGAUCGGCAAAAAGUUGAAGCGCACCGCAAUAUCCAGAGCCUGGGGCAGUCAGAACCUCUCGUAGUACAGAAAGAGUAGCAGAGACAGCAGUUGAGACGCUAUACGUACGACAGUUUACAACACGCUGCUGCACAUCGCUGAAAGCGGAUGCAGCAGUGCCUUCUCUCUCUGUUUCUCUUUUGACGAAAUGAGCAAUGUUUUUGAUAAUUGCUAGGGAAGAAUUUUUGGUUUUUUUUUAUACAUUUCUCGAUGAAUUAAUCACUGCCCAAUUUUAAAAUAAUUUUAUUUCAUUCGUACGUUUGCCUAUAUAGCAGCAAAGUUGCAAGCUCUAUUUUCUCAUUUUUUUGUUGUUCUAAUCAAUCAGUUAUUUUAACGAAUGAUCUUUUUAGCAUUACUUUUUUUUUGUAAAAAUGUAUCGUAUCGUUGUAUUUUUUCUAUUAUUCACGACGAGUAAUCUCAAGAGUAUUAUUUAGAAGUAUAAAGUUGACAAACGGUCGAUUAUUAUCUGUGCAAUACAUACGAAAUACUCUACCAUAUAUAUUUUACUAUUUAUAUGUAAAGCAUAACUCAAAUUAUAACUUUUUGUACUCGCAGACACGAACGAUAGUAUCGUGAUAAUAUAUAUAAAAGUUCACGCACGACUCUUAGUGCAUUGUUGAUAAUGUAAAUCUCAAAUCUUCGUCAAUUGUAAAGACGCAUUGUAUUUAAAAAAACGCGUCAAAGAGCUAUGUAAAUAAAUAAAGAAGUUUAUUAUUCUUUAUACAAAAUCGA